UCUCUCUUCCUCCUCUCUCUUCUUUGAGAUCUCUGAUCUAUUAUACCAGUCCUACAGAUCAAGUAAUCUCCAUCAUUUUAUCCAACCCUAACGAGUACAGUCCACCACCUUGGAGUCUUAGUAUUAGAAACCCCAUCUCUCUCUUUCUUCCUCCCUAUAUCUUCUGUGUAACAGUGACAUGGGCAACGUGGUGGCUCGGUUUCUAGGAUGCCGGCCCAGCUUCCUUGACGAGGAGGAGCAGCCGACGACCAAAGAUGAAGCUUCCAAGAGGAGUCGACGGAAGCAGAAAUACGCCUACAUCCCUGACAACUACACCUCAAUCGAACAGGUCACCGAUGCCUUGAGAGACGCAGGUCUGGAGUCAUCGAACCUCAUACUGGGGAUUGAUUUCACCGGAAGCAACGAGUGGACAGGCAAACGUUCCUUCCACGACCUGAGCUUGCACAACAUCAGCAACCACCGGUUGAAUCCUUACCAGCAAGCGAUCUCCAUUAUCGGGAAGGUUUUGGCCUCGUUCGAUGAAGACGACCUGAUUCCUUGCUUCGGAUUCGGCGAUUCGACCACCAAGGAUCAAGGGGUGUUCAGCUUCCGCAGUGAUCAUUCGCCCUGCCAUGGAUUCGACGAAGUCUUGCGUUGCUACAGGGAGAUUGUGCCACACUUAAAAUUAUCAGGGCCUACUUCCUUUGCACCGAUCGUGGAGACCGCUGUCGACAUUGCCGAGAGCAGUGGCGGGCAAUAUCAUGUGCUGGUCAUCAUUGCAGACGGCCAGGUCUCCAGAGACCCCAACAAAGAACCGGAAACAAUCGAGUCAAUCGUGAGGGCAAGUGCUUAUCCAUUAUCGAUUGUGCUUGUUGGAGUUGGCGACGGACCAUGGGAUGACAUGAGGAAGUUUGACGACAGGAUCCCAGCGCGUGAUUUCGACAAUUUCCAGCUUCUGUCGCACGUACGAUGCAGUUCGUUAACUUCACCGAUAUCAUGGGGAGCAAUGCAACCGCAGCGGAGAAGGAAGCAGCCUUUGCCCUCGCAGCUCUCAUGGAGAUCCCCAUCCAAUACAAAGCGACGGUGGAGCUCGGCAUUGUCGGACGUGAGACAGGGAAGCCCAAGCGACGCGUGCCGCUGCCUCCUCCAUUGCCGCCCAGCUGAAGACAGAGUACAACAAAAGCCUGAGCCAAAGCAGUGACGAGGAGAGGUUUGCCCGAUCUGAUCGACCGAUGCAAAGAACUGAAGGCUUUGGCUGAGGCCGCAUGGUGAAACCCCAUCACAUCAGCCUUCUUGUGUUACCUCUCUCCCUGUAGUGUCUGUCCCAGCAUGGCAUUUCCUUUGACUGUGUGGCACGACGUGUGGUCAGAACUUUGACUAUGCUUGUG